CCUGCAUCCCUCCACACUUACUGUCACCAUGUCCGAUGCUCCAGGUUCCGUCGCAAAAGCUACGCGAUCCAACAGCAUUUCUCACCUCUCCGAAAAUUCUCAGACGGCCCAAGAAUUCAUUAACAGCCAACUCCAGCUCGAAGCUGACGCGCGCGAAGUCCUGCCCUACCAAUUCGACACCUGCUCCCGGCCACUCGGGCCAUUGCGCCAGAAAAUAUGGUCCUGCCUGACCUGUAACCCGCCUCCGACAUCGCCUGACGAACCCUAUACUCCUGCUGGCGUCUGCUACUCCUGUCACGUCUCAUGUCAUGGCGAACACACUCUUGUCGAGCUUUUCGCGAAGCGCAAUUUUGUCUGCGACUGUGGAACGUCGCGCAUACAGUCCGACUGCCCCUGCACACUACGUAUCAAUGAGAAGGCUGGCAUCAAGGGCGACGUGCGUGGCGAAGAACCAGCCACGACAAACCAUUACGAUCACAACUACAAGAACCAUUUCUGUGGAUGUGGUCAGGAUUAUGAUGCACACGAAGAGAAGGGUACAAUGUUCCAAUGCUUGGGCUUGGGCACUGUCGAGCAAGGCGGGUGUGGAGAAGAUUGGUGGCACCCUGAAUGUAUCGUGGGUUUGCCGCGUGAUUGGUACAAAAAAAAUGCAGAGAAGAAUGGCAAAACCAUGGGUGGUGAAGCAAACGGUGCCGCUGCUGCUGGGAGUGAUGGAAAAGAGAUAACACAAAACGAAGGUGGUGAAGUCGUUAAGGGCGAGGAAGGUGCUGCAGAAGAGGGAGAGGAGCCGCCAAAUCCGCCCGGCUUUCCCGAAGAGGACGGUUUCGAGCAUUUCGUUUGCUACAAGUGCGUCGAAGCCUUUUCAUGGAUCAAACGAUAUGCAGGUACGGAGGGCUUCCUUCCGCCUGUAUACCAUAAGCUAGACAGCGGCAACGGUGCCGCGCCGGAUACUAAACCAGGAGCUCCACCCGAGGCCCCAGUCACAACCACAACUACAUCAGACGAGGACCAGUCGUCUAAGAAGCGCAAGGCCUCAGAGGCAGAAGAAGAUGACACUAGUUCCGCUGAACCCACAAAGCGCCCGCGCAGCUCCGAAGAUCCGGCUGUCACCACCACCACUACUACUUCCACAACUUCUUCCUGCCGCUACGCAGCACUCCCCACCUUCACCUCAAGCGCCCCCUUCUCCCUUUUCUUCAAGGAAGAUUUCCGCAGCCACUUUUGCCGCUGCUCGACCUGCUUUCCCCUUCUCUCUCCGCAUCCCCAACUCCUCGACGAAGAAGACACCUAUGAACCUCCCGUAUCCGAGUCCUCCGCCUCUGGUGAUGGCGACGCCAACGGCGCCGGCACCGGCAGCAUAGGCUCGCGCUCGCUACUCGACCGUGGCGAAGCCGCACUCAGCAACAUGGACCGGGUGCGCGCAAUUGAGGGUGUAAUGGUGUACAAUCACCUCAAAGACCAGGUGAAGCAGUUUCUGAAACCGUUCGCGGAAAGUGGUCGCGCUGUCGGCGCCGAGGAUAUCAAGGCCUAUUUCGAGAAUCUGCGAGGCGAUGCGGAUGGGAUCAUGCAGGCGAAAGGCGACGCGGAGCGAGAGGGCGGGGGUGAAGGCGCGGGAGGGGGAGCGGGAGGAGGAGGGACGAGCGGCCAGGGCAAGGGAGGCGAGGGAAGAGGAGAAGGAGCGAGCCACUCUGAGAGUGCCGGCUCCAGAAAAUAGCAGAGCGGAUACUAACUAAUGGGGAGGAAACGUGCAGUAGCCAGCAACACCAAUGCCUGCACCCUGCCUGCGCUCGAUCACGCAGUUAUGAAGUAUGAGAAGCGAUUUAAUUCGAAAAGGGGAAAUAUCCCCUAGCGGAAGACUGACAGGCUUGGAAUUCCACUAGCAACCUGCGGCUAUAUGUAUCGUUGGAGCGGUCGUUGUUGGAGCCUAUCCGCAACAUACUCUGCCAAUUCCGCAUUGUUGGAAACAAGAUGGCGAUAAUAAUUUUCUCUGAUAGCUUUGAAUCUGAAAGUCCGUUGAAUGCG